AUGUCCAGACCUAGACUACCUACAGUUCACAAUGACACGUCUUUAAAUAAAGAGCCCAUCGAAAUAGUGUAUGCAAUUGCAAACAGAUAUCAUACAGAUUGGGGAUUGAAAGAAAUGCCUGACAUGAAAAUAUAUCCAGAAGUCUGCAAGGUCAAAAGAUUGACCAGUAUUUAAGACUGAACAUAACUUUAGCCAAACCUGUCAAGCCUCCAAAACGAGGAACUUUUAUUGAAGAUUUAUAAGAAUAUCAUUCCAAACUUCCUGGCCCUAAAUAUGAAUAUUAAUCAUUUUGGUCAGAGCCAACAGAGCAAAAGAAAACGAAAGAAUCAAGCAAAUAUAUCGAGUAAAAUUAAAGAAAAACGAUCAUAUCUGACAUUAUAACCGAUGAAAAAAGAUAUCCAAGGCCUGGACCUGCAGAUUAUAAUAAAGAGUUCAAAUCAAAAAGUAUAGAGAAUGAACCUAUAAUUUCUUAGAGAUAAAAGUAAUUAUAAUCUAUUAAGCAACUAAAGAUAAUAACACAGGACUAACUAUUUUGAAGAUCUUAUAAGCUAAUAAAUAAAUGUCCCAGGACCAGGGGCCUAUAAUACUCCAUCAAGAGUUGUUAGUGAACACGUUAUCAAAAAAACAAAAUCAAAAUCGCCAGUGGUUCACUAUCCUGGACCUAAUAGCUACUCGCCAGAUGAUCCUACUUAUUUCACUUUUGAUAAAAAGUUUAAAGAACAAUCUACUAGAAAACCAGUUAAAAACCUCAAGAAAUACAAUAGUAGUAGGCCUGGUCCUGUUCUUGGCCAAUCAGAUUGGAAUAAAGGCUGGAUGUCUAAAGUUUGCAAAGCUCCUUAAUUCUCCAUCUAUUACGAUAAAUGA